GCAAAGACUUACAAUCACCACUAUCCACCACAAGCACUACUUCGUCACUCGUCCCCGUCACGCCCACUGGCUCUACUUUUGCCCUUUUUUUUGUGUGUAUUUCCCUUCAGCAUCAGGGGUCGUGAGGUUCCCUGUAAGACCCUGUAGGAUGCUGAAGCCAAGGACCCUCACGCAGAUCCUCAGUCAGGCCAAUACUGGGGGUGUUCAGAGUGCUCUAUUGCUGAACCUGGAGGGCGCCCUGCUUGCCUUCAGUGGGUAUGGGGACCGAGAUGCCAGGGUGACAGCUGCCAUCGCCAGCAACAUCUGGGCAGUGUAUGACAAGAAUGGCAGGAACGCUUUCUCUGAGGACAGACUGAACAUGAUACUGAUGGAUUGUGAGGAGGGCAAGGUGUGCGUGACACAGGUGGCAAAUCUGCUGCUGGCUGUCUACGCCAAAGAAAAUGUGGGCUUUGGUCUGCUCAGGAUCAAGACUGAGGCGCUGGCCCGCUACCUUGAUGGGCCGCUGCGGCAGGUGGCUGCUGCGUGAUGUCCUCAGUCAUGCUUUGGGCUCCUGCUGCCUUGAAUAUAAUCUAAGGGGGGCAGAUUUCCAUAUAUAUUUUUCAGAUAUACUUUAGAUAAUUCAAGAUUUAAUCACUGUUGGCAUACAGUGACAUUUUAUUUACUGAUGCUGCUGUUAGGUAUGUGUGGCUCACUUCAUUUGUGUACUGUUUGAGAUUUUAAUUUAUUGGUUGUUCCUUUGUGCUUCAGUUAGAGAAAUGAUGUAAGGACUUAAAGUAAAUAUGUACACACAGUAA